GAAACGUGGGGUGUUGCCUGCUGGGAAGGAAAUCCGGAAACAGAGAGGACACUGUGGGGGUGACCCAGGCCUUGUCAGAUCUGAGACUCUUGGAAUGUUGUGUGUGUGUGGGGGGGGGAAUGGUGACUGAAUUUGGGUGUGCCUCCUUUCUUUAUCCCGAAGCUGAAAAGCAAACAAGCCACUUGCCACACUGGAGACUGCACAGCCAUUUAGGGAAGUGAGGAGCCACUUCUGAAUUCAGAAUAGGACGGCAUCACCAAGCAGAUACCUAUUCUGAGCUGGAAAAGACUGGCUUCUGAGGAGACUCUUGAGAGUCUAAGCAGUGCUGGGAAGCGGCCCCAGUAUUUGGGCGCUUGUUACACUCCCCAGUCAUGUUCCUGCGACAGCUUGGUGGCUGGCUACCUCGCCCCUGGGGCUACCGGAAACCAAUAAGGCCUGACCCGCCUGGCCCAGAACCCAGAUGGGUGGACAGCUCCCCUGAGAAUUCAGGGAGUGACUGGGAUAGUGCCCCAGAAACCAUGGGAGAUGUGAGGCCUCCCAAGCCUAAGGACUCAGAGGUACUGAGGAGCUCUGGGGCUGCUUCAGAACCACACAGGGAGCCUCAAGUUGAGCAACUGGGGAGCAAAAGAAUGGAUUCCCUCAAGUGGGACAAGGCUGUCUCUAGCACUGAAGAGUCUGGGAGACUGGAGGCUGGAGGAGCCAUUCCCAAACUCGGAUGGGAUCAUGUGGAUUCAGGUGGCACCAGGAGACCUGGGGUGUCUCCUGGUAGGGGACUGAGUGCCCCUGAGCCUGAAGUCCCAGUGGAGAAACCUGGCCGUCGUCAGAAGCUGCUGGGUUGGCUGCGGGGGGAACCAGGGGCUCCCCCACAGUACUUGGGGGGCCCAGAGGAGUGUCUGCAGAUCUCCACCAACCUGACUCUGCAUCUGCUGGAGCUGCUGGCUUCAGCCCUAUUGGCGCUGUGCUCACGACCGCUGUGGGCAGCCUUGGACGCACUGGGCCUGCGAGGACCACUGGGCCUCUGGCUGCACGGGCUUCUCUCCUUUCUGGCUGCCUUACAUGGGCUCCAUGCCGUGCUGAGCCUGCUUACUGCCCACCCCCUGCACUUUGCCUGCCUCUUUGGCCUCCUACAGGCCCUGGUGCUGGCUGUCAGCCUCCGGGAGCCCAGUAAGGAUGGGGAGGCCACUGACUGGCAGAAGGAGGGGUUGGAAAGGGAGGGUGAGGAGCAGAGGGGAGACCCAGGAAAGGAGCUGUGACCGUGGGGUGGGGUCAGGUAGGGGAAAAGGGUGAAGACAGCGUGGCCUUUAGGGGGAGAGUGUGGGGCAUGACCCAGAUUGUAAGCACAGGGACCUCAGGGAUGGGGAAGAAACCCCAGAAUAUGAGGGCACAGGGCCUCCCUUUAUAUACAGGAGAACA